AGUACUUAUCACCGGUACGUUCCGGGAUUAGUUAUUAUCUUGCAAUUCCUUGAAACAGACGCUUCGCGAGUUCGAUUAAUCGUGUCGUAGUAUUUACGUCGUGUUGAGUCGAGUCAAAUCGAAUUAGAACACAUUCAGUAAUUUUUUGGAAUUCCAGAUUGUAAACUUAUUGAUUAAUUGAUAAAUAAUCAUGGUGACUGGUAGAGCCUUGCAUUUUGUUUUCAAGAUUCCAGAUCGUCGACAGACGGCGAAGUUUUAUCGAGAAAUACUGGGCAUGAAAGUAUUGAGACAUGAGGAAUUCAGUGAUGGGUGUGAGGCUGCCUGCAAUGGACCAUAUGCUAACCGUUGGAGUAAGACCAUGAUAGGAUAUGGUCCUGAGGACACACAUUUCGUGAUUGAAUUGACGUACAAUUACGGAAUAAAGAGUUAUGAAUUGGGAAACGAUUUCCAAGGUAUCACGAUACGCUCGAAGGAGGUCAUCGAGAGAGCUAAGAAGAAUAAUUGGCCAAUUAACGAGGAAAAUGGAGUUUCUGUCCUGCAGGCACCUGGGGGCUACAAAUAUUAUAUCAUCAAUGAGCCACAAGUCGCUGGUAAAGACCCCGUGGAGAAGGUGACGUUAUCGAGUUCAAGCCUCGAGAAAAGUAUAUCUUAUUGGAAGGACAUUCUGAAUUUAAAAGUAUAUGAUCAAAAGGACAAAACUGUUCUUCUCGGAUUCGGAGACGAUCAGGCGAAACUCGAGCUUAAAGACAUUGGAACUCCAAUAAACCAUGCAAAGGCCUAUGGAAGAAUAGCUUUUGCAGUUCCUCAUGCAGAACAGCCCGAAAUCCAGAAAAACAUUAAACAGUCCGGCCAUAAAAUUUUGACGGAUCUGAUAACGUUGGACACACCAGGAAAGGCAUCAGUUCGAGUAAUAAUAUUGGCAGAUCCGGAUGGCCAUGAGAUUUGCUUUGUUGACGAGGAAGGAUUCCGUCAAUUGUCAGUGCCUGAUUACCCCAGUGAAAAGAUUCUUGAUAAAUACAUCGCGAAAGAUCCAACUGAAUGAAACUGAAUGGAAAACCAGUUGUAAAUACUCUUCAAAGAAAUGAAACGAAAAUGAAACGAGAUGCUGAUCAUAACUCUGUUGUUAUACUAUAAUUGCGAGAAAAUAUAUUUUUAUUCACAACGUACAUAAA